AUGGUUUAUGAUUUCUCAUCUCAAUGCUUAUUUGAUGUGAUUGUUUUAGUCGAGACCUGGCUAAAUCCUGACUUUUAUGACGCUGAAUUUUUUGAUAUUAAUCUUUAUAAUGUUUAUCGGAAGGAUAGAAAUGCAGCUCGUACUGGUUGUACUAGAGGAGGUGGAGUUUUAGUUGCCGUUAAAAAAUUUUAUAAGUCUUCUUUAAUUAACAUUGAUGAUAAUAAUGGCCUAUUAGAUCAACUUAUUGUAUCCAUUACUGGAUUUAAUAUUGUAUUGCAUUUAUCUGUUUCUUAUAUACCACCUAAUAUAUCUAAUAACAUUUACUCGGCUCAUGUUUCAAACAUUUUAUCUGUGAAUGAUAAAUUGGCAUUAAACUCUCGUUUAUGUGUUCUCGGAGAUUUUAAUCUUUCUGAUGUUUUGUGGACACAAAUUAAUAAUAGUGCUUCACUAUUUCCUCUUAAUGUAAAUAAAUUUAAUGAAAUUGAAGUUAUUGACAGUUUGCUUUCAAUCAAUUUAAUUCAAAUCAAUCAUAUUGCUAAUAGUUUAAAUCGGUUUUUGGAUUUAAUUUUUGUUCCUUAUGACUAUUUUAACUUUAAUUUAUGUAAGUCAGAUGUACUUAACUCUAUUUUUAAUGGUAUUAACUGGAUGGAUAUUUUGUCUGGACCAUCAACCUCAUCUUGCUAUGAUAAAUUUGUUGAUGUAGUUCUAAAUGUUUGUAAAGAAAAUAUUCCAUUAAAGAAAAAGAAGCCUUAUAAAUUACCUUGGUAUACUCGUGGUCUUAAGAGACUUAAAAACCUUCGAAACAAAUUCCAUAAACGCUUUGUUAAUUCAGGCUCAGCUGAUAGUCAUACCAAAUUUAUUCACUAUCAGCGUGAAUUUAAUUGCUUGAAUAAAUUUCUCUAUAGACAAUACAUACUUGGGAAAGAAAAUGAAAUAAGAAGUAAUCCCAAAUAUUUUUGGUCUUUUAUUAAAUCAAGAAAGCAAGUAUCUGAUAUACCAAAGAUUAUGAACUAUGGUGAUAAAACCUCUGUAUCUUGCAGUGAAUCUGUAAAUAUGUUUGCCGAAUUUUUUGAAUCAAAUUUUAAACCACCUUCUAAUAAAAAUUAUAUCUCUAAUUCUUCUCAUAUGCCAUUUGUGGACAUUGGUUUCAUGGCUGUCUCAGAGGAUGAAGUCUUUAAUGCAAUUAUGAAUAGUAAAGAUAGUUACAAAUCUGAUAUUGACGGCUUUUGUGGUCAUUUACUAAAGAUUUGUGCAUCUUCUUUAAAAACCGCACUUACUUUUAUUUUUAAUUUAUCUCUAAAAGAAGGAAUUUUUAUAGAUAAAUGGAAGUUUGCAGCUAUAACUCCUGUUUUCAAGGAUGGCAGAAGGGAUAAUGUUACUUGUAGAUCAACUACAACUAACUUAUCUGUUUUUACUGAAUUCUGUAUAUAUUCCUUAGAACAGCGCAGUCAAGUAGACACUAUUUAUACCGAUUUUUCUAAAGCCUUUGAUAAAGUUUCGCAUAAUAUUCUUAUAGAUUAUGUAAAGUUGUUGUAG